AGAACAAGUUGUCUUCAGUAGGAAAUUCGGGAAGAGCUAUAUGUAUGUACAGCAGUCUACAAGUUCCAUUCACAAGUUCAGACAACCGACUGAAAGUCACAAACUACUGUAAUCAUACAAUAUAGAUUGAUGGGCUCAUCUAUAGACAUAAACCUCUCUUUGGCACCUUGUGCUUUCUCGUAACAAUUUCGUCAGAUUUGGACCGCUUUUAUCGAUUGCAGAACCAAUCGAACAGCUAGUACUCACUAAAUUACAAGAGAUAAAUUAAGACAGCCUUGAAUUUCAUAUGAAGUCUUAAAAAAUUCAACAAUUUUAAAUCAACCUGUUAGAAUUGCAGCAUUUAUCGGUUUGGCGUUCGCCAUGUUGAAUUACUUGGAUUUUAUUACAUGUAGACUCCCCCCUGGCCCCCCAUUCCCAUAUAUACAGCUAACGGCUAAGCACUGGUGUCACUGGGACAUUUGGGUGAAGAAAUUGGUGAAAGGAUGGGUGACAAAGCUCUUGGAUUUAUUGCAGUUCAUGUUGGUGCUGGUUAUCAUUCACAACAAAAUAUAUCACAAUAUGAGAUUGUGUGCAAUAUGGCAUGUCAAAAGGCAUGUGCUUCUUUACAAUUAGGACAAAAUGCCUUGGAAGCAUUGACAGUUGCCAUUAAGGUUCUGGAGAACAGUCCUUUAACCAAUGCUGGUAUUGGCUCUAAUCUCACUAUGAAUGGUGAAGUGGAAUGUGAUGCUAGUAUUAUGGAUGGUAGUUCAAGUAGUUUUGGUGCCGUUGCAGCAGUUUCAGGUAUAAAAAACCCAAUAGUUGUUUCAAAGAAACUUCUUCAGUUGCAGAGCACUUCACGAUCCUUUGGACAGGUACCUCCAAUGAUUUUAUGUGGCGAAGGUGCUCAUGAUUGGGCAAUAAAGCAUGGCAUUCUUGGAAUUUCACCAAAAUCAAUGAUCUCGGAAGCUUCAAUGAAAGCCUUCAGAAGGUAUUCUUCAUACUUAAACAAUGAAGGAGGGACAAAAAUGUUUAAGAUUGAUCAUGAAGAUGAGUGUGUAAUGGACACUGUAGGUGGUGUUUGUUUGGAUAGUAAUGGUUAUAUUUGUGCUGGCGUAUCCAGUGGUGGAAUACUUAUGAAGUACCCAGGAAGAAUUGGACAGGCGGCUAUCUACGGUUCGGGAUGUUGGGCGUCAAAUGCGAUAAAGAAUUCACCAAUUGCCUGUUCAUCUUCAGGCUGUGGAGAGGAGUUAAUCAAAACUUCACUUUGUAAAGAAUGUUGGCAACUAUGUACAACAAGUAAGACAGAUGGCGUUUCUAUACUGCAAGAACUACUGAAGAAGAAGUUUAUUGAAUCUCCCUUUCUUUGUGAAAACGACGAUAAGCAGGCAGGAAUCAUAUUGUUGAAAAGUCGCUUUAACAAGGAACCUGAAAAGCAAAGUUUAGAAAUCGAUUUUUCCUGGGGUCAUACGACGCGCAGUAUGGCUGUAGGAUGUAUGGCUGUUACAGACAGAAUGCCUCAGUUCUUUGUAUCAAGAUUAAAAAAAGAAAAAUCUGGUGGGAGUUUAAUUCAUACUCAGAGCAUUGUAAAACAAUUUUCACUGGCUUGAAUUUGCCGGAAACUUGCAAAGUUGUCAAAAUAUAUUUUUCGGGAGGUUGCAAUACAUCCAUGAACAGGUGAUGCGAAACUUCGACGUGUUGAAAGCGAAGCCUGCUAGGCAGCUACAUGCGGCUUUUGAAGUACUGCUUUAAGCCAUCGUAGUCUAGGCUUGUAACUAUAGCUAGUGUAUCUGGUAAUUCUUUUAAAUCGCAGUCAUAACAUUUCCACGUCGUCAACAUUUCCAAAUGAUAAUAAACAGAAAAAAUAUAUUGAUGUCUAUCAAGGAAAGAAGAUUUUAUAAUGACGUAGGACAUGGCGCCUGGAAACAUCUUGGCUUUCAUGAAUAAAUUACUGCAAGAAUUAGCCAUGGAAAUACAGGUGCUUCUGUCUAAAGUAGUCAUUUGCCUGCUUUAUUAUUCAUUGUUUUAGAUAACCUGUCAGUGGAAAAUACGAUGUAGAACAUCAUCCUCGUAUCACUUAUUUUGCUUCUUUUAGGCAAACUGAAUUAACUAAGGUAUGUCUACAUGAGAGAGAUACGGUAGAUUUCUUCUGAAAUGCCGAAUCGUUGCUUUCAUUGUCAUGGAGGAACUUAGAACUGUUCUUGGCGUCGUAUAUUCAUGGCAAGCUAUCGCAGUAUGACAAUGACAAGUAUGCUUGUCUUGUAUAUAGUAUGUAGCACUCGUAUUACAUUGACGUGGGAUUCACAGUUAUUGCAACCUUCCAAUGAACAUUAUAUGUUUGAAGGAGCCUUACAUGGUAUGGAUGUGUUUACGGAUGAUCUGAAUGGUGCAACUGGACCUGAAACAUUUAUGGAGAAAUUUUAUGUUUGUUACGAACCAGACGGAUCAAGAACCUACUAUAAGAAAUUUGAUGAGUCGCAUUUUUCAAAUCGAAGAUUUUGGGUGAUAACGGCUCAAGGACAGUUCGUCGCUUCAAUGAAAACUUGUUGAGAGUUUGUUCGAUAAGCAGAACCUUGUUCUUUUAGUAGAUGUUGAUGAUGAAAUGCAAUGGAAAACUUGAAUGGACAUCGAGGAUUGUGGCAUUAGGCAAAAAAUAUAUAUAUAAUAGCUUAUUCUUAGAUACGUUUACUUUUUAAAAACUUCAAUAGCAUUUUUAAAUGGAAGAAUUGAAGAAUGGUAUUAACGAUGACGUUAAAGUGAAGAUGGAAGAAUUGAAGAAUGGUAUUAACGAUGACGUUAAAGAAAAGAUGGAAGAAUUGAAGAAUGGUAUUAACAAUGACGUUAAAGAAAAGAUGGAAGAAUUGAAGAAUGGUAUUAACAAUGACGUUAAAGAAAA